AUGAAAAGUAUUGAUGAGUAUAAAAAAAUAGUAAUUACUUUGAAAAAGAAAGUAAAGUUAUUACAAUAAGAAUAAUAAGAUCUAAAAAGGUUAUAAUAGGAGAAGGUUUAUGUAUAUUCUGAUAGAUAUACAGCAAUCAAGUAAUUGAAGAAAGCUGCAAAGAAAUUAGGAUUGACAACUGAGAUGUUUUUCAGGGCUGCUGAUACAAAAUCAAUGGAAAUAGUCACAACAAAAAGAUUAGGGGAAAUAUUAAAAAAAGUUGCUAGACUUCAUGAGAAUUAUGUAUAAGAAUUGCUUAAUAUUUUUGAUGUUGAAAAUUCAGGUUCAAUAACAAAAGAUGAAUAUUAUUAAACUUUAGAAAUGUAUUAAAUUAAUGAAGAAUAUGGUAAUAAUUUCAAUCGAAAUUCUUAUUCAAAGUUUAUAUAUUUUUUAAAAAGAGAGUAAUAUGAUGGAAUUAUAGGUUUUAUUAAGAUGGAUCCAAAUAAGUUAGGUUAUAUUACAAGGGAAAUGUUUGUUGCAUUUACUUAAAGCUUAAAUAAUUGGCAAUAAUAUUUAACAUUAAGAGAGAUUUAUUCAGCCUUUUAAUAUAUGGAUAUAUCAGAGAAUGAUUAAAUAUCUAGAGAAGAAUAUUUAUAAGCAUUUGAGAAAUUACCUGCACUUCCUUAGAUUUAAUAAAUAUAAGAGUAGAAAGUUAAUAUAUUGAGAAAAGUUCUUUUGAUAAAGGGAGUGAAAUUAAGUAGUUUUGUAUUGGAAUUGAUGCUUUCUAUUUAAAAACCUGAACUUGGAAUAACAAUAGAAGUAUUUUAUAAUGUAGCCAAAUAAUAUUUGGAUAAAAAAGAAACAUUAGCAUUCUUUAAAUUAAUGGAUUAUUAAUAAAAGGGUUCUAUAGAUUAUGAUGAAAUAAUGAGCUUUUAUUAUAUGACUAUGAGUUAUGGAGAUUCAUUUGAAAUUGUAUUUACUAUUUUAGCAAGAAAAUUAUAGGCAAUGAAUAAAUCAAUAGAAAAAUAUUUAAAGUAAGAGUAAAUUUAUGCUGAAACAUAAUUAACAUUGGAUUAAUUUAAUUAAAUUGCUUAAGAUUUAUUUAAUACUCCUAAUUAUGAAAUAUCAGCAAAAUUAUUUGAAGCUAUGGAUCUUGAUAAUUCUGGAAUUGUAUCAGCUUAAGAAAUUAUUACUUAUACUAAUGAAUCAUUAAAAAAUUAUAGUUUAUUAUUAAGAUAAAAAACAUAAACUUAAACAACAAUGUUAUUUGAAGAUUUUGAUUCCACUUAAAUUGAAAUUGCAAAUUUAGAUAUUGAAGAAUAAUUAUUAUUUGAAUUAAAAAAAUACAAAACUACAUUUUCUGAUAAAGAUAGAUUUGAAAAUUUUUAAUAUAUUUUUACAAAUGAAAUAUCUUGUUUAGUAGUAUGUUUAUAAAUAGUAGAAAAUUUAAAAUUUAAUAAAUAAAAAUAUUGGGAAGAUCCUGAAUUUGGAUCUAAUAAACUAGAUCCUUAUGGUGCUAAUUCAAUAUUUAGAAUUGAAAAUUUACCAGUUAAAGGAUGGCCAGAUCCAAAAGAUCUAUGUUGGUAAAGGAUCUCUGAAAUAUGUAAUGAUUGGGUUUUUAUGGAUGAAAAUGGUGCAAAUGCCAAUGAUGUAAUCUAAUCACAUUAUUUAGGAGAUUGUUGGCUGAUAUCUGCAUUAACAAUUAUAGCUGGUAAUGAUUAAUAUUUGGUAGAUCAAAAUGAUAUUAGUAAAGGAUUAUAUCCAAAAUUAUUUCAUUUUCUUAGCAAAUAUGGAAUUAUUGUUAUUAAAUUUAAUAAAAUGUUUAGAGAUGUUUAUGUAGUUAUUGAUGAUAGAUUUUGUACUUAUAAUAAUAAAUUGUUAUUUGCUGAAUGUAGAAGUGAAAGAGAAUGGUGGGUAUAAAUAAUAGAAAAAGCAUAUGCUAAAUUACAUAAUUGUUAUGAAUCACUUACAUCAGGAGAUAUCUCUUAAGCAUUAUUUGAUUGUACUGGUAUACCUUGUACUAGAUAUGUUAUUGAUGAAAAUGAUAAUACCAAAGAUCCUUAAGAAAAAAAAUAAUAAUUAUUAAAUCUUUUUUAAGUUGGUAAAUAAACAAAUGCAUUAAUGGGAUGUUCUGCACAUGGAACAGGCUAAGUAUUAUUAAAUGGUGAAGAAACAGGAUUAUAUAGAGGACAUGCUUAUAGUAUAUUACAUUACUUUCAUUUAAAAGAUGCUCAAUCUAGAAUACAUAAAUUAAUUGUUCUCAGAAAUCCAUGGGGAUUUGGAGAAUGGAAACUCAAAUGGUCAGAUUAUAGUAUAGAAAUGAAUGAAAAUUUUUAAUUGAUUCAAGCAUACUUUAAUGAAGAAAUCUAAAGAUGCGAAUAAAAUGAUAUUGAACCUCCUGAUUAAUACAAUUUAGGUGAUGAUGGUAUUUUCAUUAUGAAUUUUAAAAGUUUUUAAAAUAUCUUUAAUAAUUUAUUCAUGAGUGUUAAUUUAGAUGAAUAAUGGUCUGUCAUGAGAAUAUAUGACAGUUUUACAAAAGAACAUUUAGGCACUCCUAAUAAAAAUGAAAGAUCUUAAGCUUAAUAUCCUUAUAAUAAUCCUAGAUACACAAUUCGUAUAAAUCAUCCAUUUCCAAAUAAGAAAAUAUAUAUUGCUUUAUCAUAAAAAGAUGGAAGAUUGGAUAGAUUUGCUAAAUAUCCCUAUGAAGGUAAACUUGUUAAGAUUAUUAUGUGUUUAUUUUAAUUAUAGUAAAAUGAAACUGAACUCACUAAAUUUUAAAAGCCUGUUCUUGAUUCUAAAUUACUAUCAGGCAGAAGAGAUAUAGAUAUGGAAGUUUUCUCUGUUCAAAAUGCUACCUAUGUACUUAUACCUUCAGCACAUGUAUAUUUCUCAUUAAUAUUUUACAGAAACCUAAUAUAACUGGAGAUUAUGUGAUUUCUGUCUUUUUUGAUUUCCCACCAAAUGGUAUCAUUAUUGAAAGUAGUACAGAAAAAUAAUUCUUGUUACAACCAAAAAUAUUUUCAUCUCUAAUGUAAAAUCCUACACUAUUAAAGUUAUUUAAUUAAUUAUGA